UCGCUACACAGAUAUUUCCAGACAGCGCAAUUGAUGUUCAAUGGUUUUCUGAAAUCUCAAGGUUAUCCUAAGAGUACCUUCUUCGAUCCUAGUCGCGCCAGCGAGACCAUAUCAAAUUUGUUCGAUCAUGUGGCCAAGCAUCAUCUCAAUGUAAAGAUCGACUCGCGCCAAUAUGUCAAACCGGCUGUGGGCUAUGCCAAAGAAUUGCUGAAAUUGGGUCAAGCGCGAGGUCUACUGCAGUUCAAUGCUACCGAACUGAGUGACAAACUAACAGAUACACUCAAUUUGGAGGUCAUCGAGCCCGUUCUCAAAGUACAUCGCGCCUACAGAUUUAUCUCGAAAUCGCCACAAUGUGACCGUUACGUAUUCUGUGAACUAAAUUCGCCCGAGCAAAAUGCAGUUGGCAGCAAUGCGCGUGGCCUGAUUUCAGGUGUCAGUCCGAAGAUUGUGAAAAUCGGCAGCAUGGGAGCCGCUAUAUUCAUUAGCACCGAAACUGGCACACCGUUCUGGACAUUGUUUGGCGUGAUAAAUGCGCCACACAACUGUGAGGUCAAAUAUCCAGUCGAUUGCAGCGGUUUCCAUGAGGGCGAGGCUAAAGUGACCACUGAAUAUGUACACAAUGAGUUGUAAAUGGAUGCGAUGGAAAGGUGAAGUUUACAACAACAACAAAAAAAAGGAAGCUGUGGAUGUGAUGUUGAUCUACAAAGCUGCGAUAGGAAUGCAAAUUGAUUGUGGCUGCAUAAUUAUAGUUAAUAUUAGCUAGUUUUUAAACGUACUUUAAAUAAAUGUUUAGCCGCUAAAUAUUAAGAAAAUAUAA